AUGGUCCGUAUACCCGCGCGGUUCUCGCAGCUCGCUGGCAAACUGGCCGUCGAUGGGGAACCCGGUGUGUCUGGGGUGCAACUCAUGCUCGCCAGCUCGGACCUGCAGCCCGUCCCGAAGAGCCAGCGCCAGUGGACCAGCUGGAACUUUGUCGGCUUCUGGAUCGCCGACGCCUUCAACAUUGCCACCUGGAUGAUUGCCUCGUCCAUGAUUGUCGGCGGGCUGUCCUGGUGGCAGGCGUGGCUGGCCGUGUGGCUGGGCUAUGGCCUGACGGCCGUCUUCAUCGUCCUCACCGGUCGCAUCGGUGCCGUGUAUCACAUUAGCUUCCCCGUCAUGGGCCGCGCCUCGUUUGGCAUCUGGGGAAGCUUGUGGCCUGUCUUUAAUCGUGUCGUGAUGGCUUGCGUUUGGUAUGGCAUUAAUUGUUACAUCGGCGGACAUGCUGUCUAUCUCAUGAUUCACGCUAUAUGGACGUCGUGGGACCGCGAAAAGAUCCCGAAUGCUCUUGGCAGCGGCACGACCACUGCUGAUUUCGCAUCGUUUAUAAUAUUCUGGCUCUGUUCCUUGCCAGCUCUCUGGUUUCCCGUCUACAAAAUUCGCCAUCUCUUCACCUUUAAAGCCUGGUUGGUCCCUCCGGCGGCCAUUGCCUAUCUGAUCUGGGUUGCAGUGAAAGCUGGCGGGAUGGGCCCCGUCGUGUCACGCCCGGGCAAGCUACAAGGCAGCGAGCUGGCUUGGGAGUUCAUCAAGGGCCUCAUGUCGUGCAUUGCCAACUUUGCGACUGUUAUUAUAAACGACUCGGAUUUUACCAGAUUCUCCCGCAAGCCCAAAGACGCGCUGUGGUCGCAGCUUAUUAGCCUACCGCUCGCAUUUGCGUUUACGUCCCUGGUCGGCAUCUUUGUGUCUUCUGCCUCUGCCGUCAUCUACGGCGAGCCCAUUUGGGAUCCCUUGCAUUUACUUGAGAAGCUUUUCGAAGGCGCCAGCUCGGGUGAGCGCUUCGGCAUCUUUGUCAUUGCAUUUGCAUUUGCCUUGGCGCAGCUGGGCACAAAUAUCGCCGCCAACUCUGUGUCGGCGGGCACCGACAUGACUGCACUAGUGCCACGUUAUCUCAAUAUCCGGCGAGGUAGCUACAUUUGCGCAGCUGUCGGCCUGGCCAUUUGUCCUUGGGUUCUGCUUAAAGAUUCCAACACUUUUUUGACAUAUUUAUCCGCCUAUGCCAUUUUCCUCAGCGCCAUGGCCGGCGUCAUCACCACAGAUUAUUAUCUUGUCCGCAGGGGCUAUCUCAACGUUCCGGAGCUGUACUCUGCGCGCAAAUCUGGGCCGUACUACUACUCCUUUGGAGUCCACUGGCGCGCGUAUGCAGCUUACAUUGCGGGAAUCCUCAUCAAUGUGGUUGGCUUUGCUGGAGAAGUUGGCGCUACGGUGCCCACCGGCGCCACCUAUGUUUUCAACGUCAACUUUUUCGGCGGCUUCAUUGUGUCUUCAGGUGUGUAUUGGGCGCUGUGCAGGCUCUCUCCGAUUCCGGAGACGAGGAAACAGUGGUCGGAGAUGCUUGAGAGCGACGCUGAGAGCGAUCUGCCGGUGGCACGUUCUAGCUCAGAUGAGAAAGACGCAACCAGUGUUCGGUCAAAACAUGCCUGA